ACGAUGAUGCAUUACGAGUUCAACCGGUGGUAAAAACGACGGUGAUUUCAUCCACACACAUUAUUUGUUCAUGUAAUUUAAUAACGUUUCAGCGAAUAUUCCUUAUCUAAAAACUUUUUAAUUUUUGAAAUUGAAAAAGAACAAGGAGAAAAAUAAGUGCUGUGUUUUUAUUGAUCGAAAUCGGGCGUCUUGGCGCGUUGAUUGAGUCACGGCUCGAUUUUACUCGCGGUUAUUUUCGGACAGUCUGUUUAUUCUUUUUCGCUUAGUGAUUCGUAUAGCGCGGGUGUGACCAUUGGAUCGAAUUUUAUUUUAUUGGACUGAAGCAUAUACCCGAAAGACACAAUGUCUCACAGUGUAACAGUCACCAGGACCACAACAACCACCACCACCUCGGCCAUCAUCAUUAAUACCGGAUAUUUGAAGACCUGGACUGGGAUUUUGAAAUUCGUUGAAUUGGUUCUCGGUAUAAUCACGGUGGGUUUAGUGAGUUAUUAUUUUGAAAAAUACAGCAGAUACGUGCAAACCCCCGAGAUAUUUUUCCUGCUGAUGGCAGUCACUUUUAUGGUUGGAACAUUUCUGCUGCUACUGUCCUGCCUUAUAUCUAUAUCGACGUCCUCGAUUAUAUCCAAAACGAUUUACGAGGUGGUAUAUCACGGUUUCGCAUUCCUAAUGCUACUAGCGGCCAGCUUAACGUUUAUCAUCGAAGUCAACCAUAAAAGAAACUCCUAUUCCAACGACUAUGAGGCUUAUUUCGCUGCUGCAGUAUUGGGGCUUAUCAACGCUGGAUUAUACCUGUUGAGCACCAUUUUCGCCCAAAGAAGUUAUAAGGGAUUGUAAAAUCCAGGAAAUCUCUCUUUUUAAUUUGUUUAUAUGUUUUUAUUUGUAUUGUUUUUUUUUUUAAUUUUAUCGCCGCCAUUAAAAUCCCCGAGAAAUGUAUAAGUGAGUCGCGAAUUAAUCUGACAGUCUUCGCAUAUUAGUGACGCCAAGUUUUAAAACUUCUGAGCACAUUUCUGAGUUUUUUCUCGAAUAAGCCGUACAUUUGUAGAAUUUACUAUAUAUAUAUACCAUUUUUAAAGCAGUUGUACUAUAUAUUUUAUUACGCUAUUUAAUAUAUACGUGUACGUCGGAUUAAUGUUUCUUUCUUUAUGUAAUUUAAUCUUUUUAAAUGUUUAUUAUGGAAAAUUAUAUUUUUAAGAUGUUGUAUUUUAGGUAGGUAUACUCUUAAUAAUAUACGCUAUUUGUACUUAUGUACCUUUAAUAAGUGCUGCCAUAUACACCAUAAUUUAUUGUUAAUGUGCCUUAUAUGUGUAUUUUCCUGUUUUUUCCGUAUGAGCAAAUGUUUUCUAAUUCUAUGUUUUAAUAUAUAUGUACUUCCAGUAUUA